AUGGUCGUUGCCACUAUCCCCAGUCUGCUCUUCGCCCCCUACGCCGCCUUCGCGUUCUUCAUUAAGGGCCCCAACUGGCGCUUCAAGUCUCCUCCCGAGGGGAAGCGGUUCCCUGUCAUUUUCAUCUUCGUUUCUAUUGCUCCGAGGCCCAAGCCCAUCGAUACCAACAUCGAGUUCCAUGUACCUUCGAGGUCGAAGAGGAGCGAGCAUCCCAUUCCUCCUGCGAGAGAUCCGAUCCACAGCCCGACGCUGACACGCUCGAUCGACUCUUCCAUGCCACAAACCCCGCCCAAGGCCGCAAACCUCCUUCCCAUGAUGACAGCCCUCAUCGCACCGCACCUGACAUCGCAGCAAUUCAACCUCAACGCACACUUGCAAGACGCGCAGGCGUCCAACAAGUCUCUCUUCGUGGCGAUGCAGCCUUAG